GAGAGCUUGGAUCAUAUAUGUGUGGGAGUGGGACUGACUGGUCUAAAUUGAGAGUUGUAGAGUUGUGUCGAGAAAUGAGGCGAAGAGACAGAAAACUGUACUGUCAUUUCUUUCGUGGGUAAGCUAAGUUGUGGUAAAACAAGGAAUAAUGGCUAUUGUUUCUUCAUCUUGCUUCUCCAUAGUGUCGGCUUCCUAUAGUAGCACUCGUGUUGAAGCUGAAUCAUCCUCCUCCAACCACCGCCCUGCCGUCAUUCUUCCCGGAUUGGGAAACAACUCGGGUGAUUACCACAACUUACAGCUGACUCUGAAACACCAUGGAAUACCAAGUGUGGUGGCUAAGGUGUCCAGGCUCGACUGGUUCCGCAAUGCUGCUGGUUUGGUCGACCCCAAUUACUGGCGCGGAACUCUCCGCCCUCGACCUGUUCUCGAUUGGUACCUGAAUAGGGUCGACCAAGCUAUACAAGAGGCUAAGGAGCUGUCCCAAGGUAAAUUAUGGAAUGAGAGAUGUAAUAGUAGUAAUAAUGUUAUUGUAUUGUAUUACAAUUUCAUAUUUGUAAGUUGUUUGGUUAUGUUUUUAGGCGAGAGUUUAUCGGUGAUUGGGCACUCAGCUGGAGGAUGGCUUGCUCGUGUGUACAUGCAAGACUAUGGGGUGUCCCAUAUUUCCUUGCUCUUAACACUUGGAACCCCCCACCUGCCACCUCCAAAAGGCGUUAUUGAUCAAACUAGAGGACUCCUCAAUUACGUGGAAUACCAUUGCUCAAAAGCUGUCUACACUCCACACUUGAAAUACGUAUGUAUUGCCGGCAGGUAUAUUGAAGGUGCUCCUUUCUUUGGCAACUCCAUGAAUGGUGGAAAAGUGAGCUUCAGGUCUCGGUUUGUCGGGCAGGGGUACAAGCAGGUUUGUGGAAAGGCAGAUGUGUGGGGAGAUGGAGUGGUGCCAGAAGAAUCAGCACAUCUAGAAGGAGCUCUUAAUGUGAGUUUGGAAGGGGUUUACCACUCUCCUGUGGGUUCAGACGAUGAUUCGAGACCUUGGUAUGGUUCUCCUGCUGUCCUACACCAAUGGAUCCAUCACCUCCUUUAACUUGACUUUGAUUGUUCAUCUUCAAUAUCAAUCAAUCUAUGUGUCUUCUUUACAAAAAUGGCAUUACUAAAUACUACUAUUACCAUUUUUUAUUUAUCAAUAAUGUCAAAUUUGUGGUCGAUAAAAUGAUUGUAUAAACUCAUCAGAAUAUUAUGAAUCGGUAUUUAAUUUUACAUCAAAA